AUGGACCAAGUAAAAUACAGCUCCCUGCGCCACGACGACUAUUUGGUCGGUUGUGGUUCCGGGAGGAAGAAGAAGAAGUCCAAGGGCAAGCAGCUCUUGUCCAAGAAGACCCGGGACAGGAAUUUGUACGCUUCUUGGAGCGGAUUGCCAACAAUACAGCCGUCGUCUUCGAGUCAUCGUCCGCAUCAUCGCGAAGAGCACGAACAACACGUGUAUACCGAAUUGAGUUACGGGUACGAGCGUCCGUUGCGGACGGCGCCGCCGCCGCCGCCCAAGUACGUGUUUGACGAGGAGCGGCAUUAUUAUAGGCAGUCGUUGGUGUCGCGACACCGGGUGAGGAAGGGCGGUGGUGAUGGUGGUGGUGCCGUGGACGCCGACGGGUAUUCGGUAAUUGGGAACACCUCUUCGGAGUCAUCCGAGUACGGCUGGCGUCGACCGCCUGUUGCGACGCGAUUCUUCAGCACUCUGGCGCUGAGGCGCAGUCGGGAAGCUGUUGAUACGAAGUCCAAGUCGGAGUCGGACCUGGAGCUAAGCACUGCCCUGGAGGAGUUCGAGUUGCUGCUGGUGAGGACUGCGCACGGGCUCGGGCUGUCGAUCGCUGGGGGCCGGGGGUCCACGCCGUUCAAGGGAGACGACGAUGGAAUCUUCGUGUCGAAGGUUACUUCGGGUGGGGCAGCUGCAGAUUGUGGACUGAAAGUGGGAGACAAACUGCUGUCAGUCAAUGGGAUUUCCAUCGAAGAUGCAGAAGUGAUGCUUUGA